UCAGAGUCAUGGAUUCCUUAAAAGGUAUUAACUAAGAUACUGAAGUAUGAUUGGCAGCAAGAGCUCAGGAAUGCUUAUAACGCAGACAGGGACAUAGGAUCUUUAUAUCACUCUGCAGAAUUAUCUGUAUGACUGUUGACCCUUUCUUGCAAGAAAUAACAUUCUUAAAAGACCAUCCCUUGACUGGACCUUGCAAACUUAGAACAGACGCUGACUAAUCAUCCGGAUACUUUUACCAUUUCAGCCCUAUGGGGAUCGUCGUAAGAACUCAGUGGCAAUAAACUACGAGGGUUUUUGACCAACUAAAGCAUAAUGGCUUGUGAAAAUGACUACUGCACCAUCAUGACUGGUCUGAGUGAGCUUGACCUCCAAGGAAAAGCGGUGCCUAGUGAGCUUUUGCUGAUCGGUGCAGAUGCCUUUCCACUUGCCAUGAAUCCAAGAGGUCAAGUUCUGAUGGCUGCAUCUCGUUACGGUCAGGGACGUGUGGUGGUGUUGGGACACGAAGACUAUUUGACCCGUUUCCCCAGCCUGAUAGAGAAUGCCCUGAGGUGGCACAUGCCACAUACCAGUGAUGCCAGCAUUGUAGGGAUUCAGAAGAAUUUAGGUCCAGUAGCUGACAACUUCCGCAAUUCGCCUAUCAGCACUGAGCUUGGAGAUUUUCGGAAAGGCCUGGCUGUAUAUAUCACAGAUGCUUACAGUGUUGAUGCUUGUGCAAAGAAUUUGAUUGCUUUUGUCAAAGCUGGGGGCGGUUUAAUUAUUGCUGGUCAAGCAUGGCACUGGUCUUACUCUCAUUCAGAGGAGAAUGUUUUUCUGAACUUCCCUGGAAACAAGGUGUGCAGUGUCGCAGGAAUUUACUUUACGGAACACACAGGAGAGCGUGGCGUGAUUACUGUGCCUUCUAAAAUACCUUCUAGUUGGCUUGCUGUAUCAAUAAUCAAGGAUUUUAAGAAUGACCUAGAAUUCUUGCUGAAAGGUGUGCAUAUGUUUGACACCAAGUGUGCACAAGGCAGUGUGGCAUCUGAGCUGAUGGUGCAUGGACCAUUAGCAUUUCCUAUUGCAGUAGCUCCACCUGGAAAAGUAUUCAUUGCCGGCACCUACUAUGGACAAGGACGGGUAAUUGUGGUAACCCACGAAGGCUACCUGAGCCGUGAAUCUCUGUCCACUUUUCUGAUUAAUGCUAUUAACUGGCUGGAUGUGGGGCGUAAAGGCGUUAUAGGGAUCAUACCCAAACUCGCAGGAGCCCAAAAGAUACUGAGCAAAUCCGGUCUGAAAUGCCAGUUAACAAAUUUCAGAGAAGAUCUCAGUGUCCAUGUCUGCCCUUCCAACAGUGAUGCCCAAUGUGAAAAGAUCCAAGAAUUUGUGGCAGAAGGAGGUGGUCUUCUGAUUGGAGGUCAUGCCUGGUAUUGGGCCCAGAAAAACCGUGGCCGCAAUGUGAUGACUGAAUACCCAGGAAAUCGCAUUCUUAACAAGAUGGGAUUGAGUAUUUUGGGCAACACUGUGUAUGGAGGAUUAUACAAAGUCGCAAAAAUCAAGCAGAGCUUUAAAGAUGUAUACCAUUUUCGUAAUGGACUAAGAUACUUUGGCAAGCAUGUAACCAAAGGGUACAAACUUACUCCUAAUGAAGAGGGCUGCUUGAAACAUCUUGGCAAUGAUUGUGCAAGCUACCUUCGCAUGCGUGCACAUGACUGUGCUUCUUAUAAUUCCGUGGUAACUCUUUUAACCAAUAUGGUGAAGGAGUUUGGUGUUCCACAGGUUAGUAGUAAGUGUCCUAUUAAAACUCCCAAAGACUUCCUGAUGCUCCAAAUUGGGACUGAAUUGUACAAAACCAUGUCUGACCCUGAUGCCCUCCUGCCAUACAUCAUUAAAGAAAGACCUGACCUGCCCACUGUGUCUGAUGCAAGAGUUCGUAUCAGCGCCAACACUGCUGACGCUAAGGAAUGGAUAAGCACAGGCUUGUAUCUUUCUCCUGGUAUGAGGACACACAUGGUUAUUCCUUUAGAGCUCAUUGGGAAAAACUGGAAGGUCCAAAUUGGCUGUCAGACUGAUAACAUUUCAGCUGCAGAUGUUUUAAAACGAGCUCCUGUGGUCUAUGAGUGUUUUCCCUUGGACAACAAAAUGGUCCAGAUCUGUAAUCUAUGGGGAGGACUCAUCUACCUAGUUGCACCUCCCAAAACCAAAGUGGAUGGGGUGGAAAUCGUGGUGCAGACCGCAAUAAAGGCUCCAUACUUCAAGUCUGGAGAGACCAGUGUAGCUGACUGGGUUGGUGGGAUCCGUCAGGCGCCAGCCCCCUGGGCGGAGCUUGAGUUUGAGAACAUCAUCAUCACAUUAGAGUCAAGUCUGAUACGGAGUCUGGAUCAUCCUGAUGAGGUGGCAAAAAUUUGGGAUUCAAUAAUGAGAGCCAUAGCUGACCUGGCAGCAAUACCUCAUAAGUUCCCCCGCAAGGAGCGAUUCGUUGCAGAUGUUCAGAUCUCUGCCGGCUUUAUGCAUGCUGGAUAUCCCAUCGUGAUGCAAUCCACCUCCGCCCCAGACCUGAUGAAUCCAAAGAAAGUUGGUAAAAGUGAUGUGUGGGGAUUUAUACAUGAGCUUGGUCAUAACCAGCAGCGUGAAGUUUGGGAGUUUCGUCCACACACAAUUGAGUGCAACUGCAACCUGUGGUCAGUGUAUGUGCAUGAGGAGGUGCUUGGUAUCGACAGGGCUACUGCUCACCCAGACAUGGCCCCAAAAAAACGCCAGCAUCGCAUCAAAGAUUAUGUCAAAGGUGGCAGGAAUUUGGAAAAAUGGACCGUGUGGACAGCACUGGAGACUUAUAUGCAGCUUCAAGAAAAAUUUGGCUGGGAUGCUUUCAAGAAGGUUUUUGCUGCCUAUCAUGACAUGACUGGAGUGCCCAAAAACAAUCCAGGCAAGAUGAAUCUGUACGCUGAGACCUUCUCCAAGGUGGUGAACAUGAAUCUGUCAUCCUUCUUCAAAGCCUGGGGUUGGCCGAUCGAGCCCAGCACUGAACAGAAGCUCUCUCAUCUCCCCAAGUGGAGCGAUCAUCCUAUGAAGCAUUAUAAGUUAUAGGUUGAUAUUAAAGUUGAUAUAUGAUUUCUUGGUGGCCUUGGUGACUUUCUUGGUCUUUAAACUGUUUAGUUUAGGUCAAAAAGUUAAUGGAAAUUUGAUUUCUCAUGUCAUCACCACUUUAAAGACAAAGUAUAACCAGUAGGGCUGUCAAAAGAUUAACCGCAAUUAUCGAUUACUUGCAUACAAAAUAAAAGUUUGUGUUUGCAUUAUAUAUUUGUGUGUAUUGUGUGUAAUUAUUAUGUAUAAAUUUGAUUCCUCAUGUCAUCACCACUUUAAAGACAAAGUAUAACCAGUAGGGCUGUCAAAAGAUUAAUCGCGAUUAUCGAUUAUUUGCAUACAAAAUAAAAGUUUGUGUUUGCAUUAUAUAUUUGUGUGUAUUGUGUGUAAUUAUUAUGUAUAAAUUUCG